AGAUCGACGUCCCCGAAAUUAUCGUAGAAGACAGAUCUGAAGACAGACACGAUCUGGCAACAGGUAGUAAAGAAGUUCUCUACAACUAUUGCUUCGGACCGCAAUCUGAUGACAAAAGCAGAAGGCGACACCAAGAACGAUGAAUCAGAAGCUUCCAAAGUUAUUGUUGAAACUGACGAUGACCUUACACCCGCCGAACGACAGGCAAUGGAGGUCAGUAGCAUGAUAUUUUUUUCCCCUUGGCGUCUAAGGAUCGAAAAUAUAGUCCUUUAUGACUACGAAUUAUGAGACGGUUCAAAAACUUGAGGAAUGCAUCCCCGAAGAAUACUUUCCUGACAUACUCCUCGUCAACGACCCUUCCGGCUUCACGAUAAGUGACAAUCCAUUUCUUAGCCGUCUGUCGCGUACGCUGCCUGUACGCUAUAAACGUGUUUGGCCGAAGUUGAAGCGCGAUGGCGAGCUGGCCACGCUCUUUAACAAUGACCUCCAUUGCCCUUCGGCGUUCCACUGCACACCGACACAGACGGAGAGGUACGCUGCUAGUGAGUCUCGACGAGUCGCCACGCUCGACCUUUCGGGCCCACCACUUCUCGGCAAGAGCAGCCAUUCUACCACAGGCGACCAAUGCGUUUCCGUAGCUGUGAAACUGGCGUUUUCUCUUAGUGAAGAUCGGGAGUUGCUUGAAAAUGAGGGACGAAUCUACGACGCGUUCCCGGAUCAUCUGCAGGAGAGCUACUGCGGCUAUAACUUGGUAGCCCCAAUGGACCACCCUGUCCCCGUAGGUGCGUGUGUGCCCAAGUUCUUUGGGUAUUAUGUACCCGUUCAGGAGGAGGAAGAAGCUAAGCAUAGGCGAGAAACGCUGAACAGGAUCAAGAAAGAGGUGGAAAGAAGACGGGAACGAGAGGUGAAGAGAGAAGCUAAGAAGAUAGGCAUAGACGAGGCGGUGGAAUCUACCGAUGCGUACGGAAAAUCAGCGGAAGAAGAAGAGGACGACUAUAGUGGCGAGGAUAAUGACGAUAACUUCUCCGACUAUCCACCUCUACGAGUCGAAGAAAUUCGUUCCCCCAUUCUCUUACUCGAAGAGUGCGGGACGCCUAUCGAACCGGAAGAGUUCUCAGAAGAUAAGAGAUCUGAAUGCUUCUCACUAGUGCUUCGCCUUCACCAUGCAGACUUUGUGCACAACUCGCUGUAUCCUCGCAACAUUUUGCGACAGCCAGGUCCUCUUACCGUGCGACCGUCAGAGCGAUCGUUGAAGACGCCGAGUUUCAGGAUUAUUGAUUUUGGGAGAGGAAAGUUUGUGCCGUUGUUUGUGGAGAAGUUCCUUGAGAUCCCGUGGAAAGAAAUGGAGAGGGUCAAAGAAGUGUCGGAGAUGGGGAAAGAAGAGGCUGUUCAUUGGUAUAAUGACAGUACCGGAUCCGAAUCGCGGAAAGCCGCGAGAAUCCUAUAUGUCAACGAUUAUCAGUUAUAGUUUGUAAAGUGUU